GUGUGUGUGACCAUGAUGGAGGACGGAAAGUGGGGUAGGCCUAUAGCAGGACCAAACCGAGACUUUUGUGGUGCUGGAGAUCGACAAGAAGCCCCAACGGCGUUCAUAGAGGCCGAGGUAACACCAAAAAGAGCAGCAACAAGAACAAGAACGGCUCGAUGUGGGUUCUUCAGCGUGACACGGAGACGACAUUGCACUCAUCUACGUUUCCUUCUUUCUUUGGUUGUAUGCUGGUGUGCCGGUUAUGUGGCGGCGGCGACGACAGGUGACAGCGGGGCGGCGGCGGCGGUGGCGGGGAAGUUACACCUGAGAGUUUCCAGCUUCAGCAACCUGGGGGGGCAGGUGGCGGGGGGCGGCUGCUGCCUCCACCCUGGGCGACCCCCCGCCUGCACCGCCCUCUGCCGCACUUUCUUCAGAGUGUGCAUCACCCACGCGCCCCGCUCUGACAGUGCCGUGGCGGAGGUGACGCGGGGCCGGGAAGGGAUGCUGAGGCCUUGUCCCUUGGGCCUGUUGGUGACGCACGUGGUAGCCAAUGGGAGUCUCACGCCGGGGGACGACGGCGUGCUGGACAUGACUUUCCCCUUCACAGAGCCGUGGCCGGUAGACUUCAGGCUCAUUCUGGAGGCCUGGCAUGACGUCACCGGCAGGCUCUUUCAGACACCGCGGCGGCCGGGGAAGCAAGAUGCUGGCGGUCAACUAAUCGCCCGACACACCGCCAACCACCGUCAGGAAGGAGGCCGCCCAUGGUCCUUCCACGCCCACGGCAACGCUCACACCAAGCUGCAUUAUGCCAUUAGAGUCACAUGUGCUGCCUCUUGUCAUGGCCCCGACUGCACGGAGGCGUGUGGGUCUGGCGUGGAGGGGCGGCGCUGCAACACCACCGGCGUGUGUGUGGACGCCUGCAGUGAGGAGCCAUGCGUGCCGCCCGACGACUGUUCCUGUCCCGAGGGAUGGACCGGCGCUCUCUGCGAUGCUCCUGUCUGUGCCCCCGGCUGUAGCACUGACCACGGCUACUGCGGCACCCCGGGAGAGUGCAGGUGUGAGGUGGGGUGGUGGGGUGAGCGGUGUGACCUAUGCUUCCCCUACCCCGGCUGCCAGCAUGGGACGUGUGAGCAGCCAUGGCAGUGCCUGUGUGAGCUUGGCUGGACCGGAGACUUGUGUGACACCCGGGAGGCCACAGAGACAAGCAAUGAAGCGAAAAACGUCACCGAAACGACACAUGAAGAGACGUGCAAAUGUCACAACGGCGGCACCUGUGUGGAGGCCGCGCCGCCGCUGAACUACACAUGCUCCUGCCCCGCCAUCUUCACUGGGCGGCACUGUGAUUACCUGGCACGGCCCGCCACUGCCCGCGCGGCCACGGCCAGGAGCAGAGCGUCGCCCACACCGGAAGAAGUGCAGGAAGAGGAGGAACAAGUGGAAGAGGAGGACCCGAAAGCUAUCCGGCGCCGCCUGCUGCAAAAAUACGCUCGCAUUUCCUUCAGGCCUGUCAAGUCUGCGUCAGGAGCUGGGAGCGAGGCGGGGCGAGUCACCCCAACGCCCUACGUGGCGGGCGACCGGAAGCUGCUGCCGCUGCCCGUGGUGCUGCCCCGCGCCACUGAUGCACUACCGCCCGCCACAGCGCCAACAGCUCUUCGCAAGCAGAAAUCUGCCGCAAAGCAACAGUCCGCCGACGCCCACCCAGCCGCCGGCGCGCAAGAGUCCUCCAGCAAAAACCUCAUUUCCAGUCACGUCACCGCCCGCCCCCGCCUGGUGCAGGUCCUCAAUUCCCAGCGGCGGCCCAUCCUGGUGAGCCUGCCCGCCGCGGCACACACCACGACGCCCCCCGCGCCAGCCCCAGCGUCAGGCCCCACGUCCUCCACCCCUCCGCCCCCUGACAGGUCCUUCAACACUUUCUCCUUCCCCACCCUCGGCACCAGGAGACCCUCUGCCCCUGAGCCUCGCGGCCCCAUCAACCUUUACCCACGAAAGCUAACUACGUCUCCUCCGCCGACCAAGUCCCCUGCUGACACCACAACCACUACCACCACAACCACCACCUUGCGCCCCUGGCCCAAGGUAAAGGUAACCCUGUGGCCCCCCGCGAGGCGGCUGGGAGCCUUCACCAGACACCCGGUGCAGGGGCCGCCCCUCAGAGCCGAGGUGGGUGGCAGGGGCCUGGCGGGGCUGAUCCAGGCCGCUGCGGCAGAGCGGCACGAGGCCGCGGGGACGGAAAGGCUAGAAACUCUCAGCCCAUUGUCGAGCGAGGCCGCCCCCCAGCGCGCUCUGCGGCACCGGCUCGGCCCCGUGGAGGCAUUUCCUGGCUUCGAGGGCGCCACACCCUCCACCAGCAGGGAGGGCGCCGCAACAUACUACGAGCAGAACGGGAACGGCCGUGUCCAUAUCGGAGACGUGAGUCGAGUAGACUCUGCCCCGACGCAGGAGAUCAUGGACGCUUUUAUCGAGCUCAAGAAGGUGUGAUAGCCCCGCUGCAGGUCAGUCAGUCAAGCAGAAGCCUCCGCUGUGUCCUGUUGUAGCAGUGUAGCUUGCAACCCCUACAUGUGUAGCUUGUUGUUGUCUAUAGUAUACUACGCUGAUGAGGACUUGGUAGUUGUAGACGGCCAGUCUCUCUUCAGUACUCUUGUACUUGUCCUUCACUCACUAACAGUGUACAGUAGAUACCUAAGGUUGAAUUGACAUUGUUUCCAACGAUAGCUUUAAAGUUUUGUUUAAAACGAUUGAUAUUAAUAAAGAAAAAAAAUACCGUGUUUCCGCCCGGGAUCGAACCGGGGACCUUGCGCGUGUGAGGCGCACGUGAUAACCACUACACUACGGAAACAGCUGUGCAAGGAGGAAGUUUAUUAUGAGAAUUACAUUUUUUUU